AUGAGUUUGUGUGGUAUGCCCGGUACUACUGGCACUUUUUACUAUUUCGCUUAUGGAAGUAAUUUGUUAAAGAAACGAAUUCACAUCCAAAACCCAACAGCAGUUCGGAAGGGAUAUGGAUUUUUAAAGGAUUAUAGUUUAGAUUUUUUCCAUUAUGCAGCGCGAUGGCGAGGGGCUCCUGCAACGAUUGUUAGACAAGAAGGAUCUGCGGUAUGGGGUGCUAUAUGGGAGAUUGAUAACAGCAAUCUAGCAGAUUUAGAUUACCAAGAAGGCGUCCACAACAACGUGUACAAAUCAUUAACUCUUCCGGUAGUGCUACCCAGCGGCAUUUCAAUGAAUUGUCGUGUAUAUCAACUUGUGCAGAAUCCAAGUUAUUUGGCGCCUGAUACUGAUAGUAGGCCGUAUGAAAGACAACCUUCCAAAACAUAUAUGAACAUUUUAAUUAAUGGCGCAAAGGAAACUGGACUUCCAGAUCAUUACAUUAGUGUAUUGAAAAAAGUUAUACACAACGGUAAUACAGGAGAUCCACAGCUUGCUUUAGAAUUAGAAAAUCAGAUUGAAGAUCUGCAGCAUUAAUUGCUGUAAUUUUAUCAUGAAUGCCAAAUAUAGCUCCUGAAAGCUAAAAUUUUUGCAACAUGCGUGUAAAAAACUGAAAUUAUUUAGUUGUCUUCUGCAUUUCACUUCCAAUUCCUAUAUCAA